AUGCAGCCGCAAACAACAUAUACCGAUUUUAUCAAAACCAGAGCGCACACUAACCCAUCUGUGACCGGCCUUUUGAAGUACAUCAAGCACGCGCCUCAGAGCUCCAGUUCACUUUUUCUGCUCGAGUACGCUGCUGGGUGUGGCCAAUUUUCCUCCCCGACCAGCAUCAGCGCAGAGGAUCUGUCGAAGCGCAUUCAGGGCCCUUCUACCGCCGAUGGGCGGAUUUUGUUUAUCGAGGAUAUUGAACCCAGUCUGAUUAGCGGUCUUGGCCAGCUUCUCAAUAUCGAUCCGGUCUUUUUUGCCGACUACGUAACGACUGAAUUCAGUGGUAUCGACCAAGCUCCCCUUGCGCCCUUUCGUGCCUUUUAUCCAUCUCAGAUAGCCGAGCGAGGCCACCUGCAUAUCCAUUACCAACAGGUUAUUGAUUUGGGUCAAAGCAAGAACUUCAACGGAUCAGUCUACCAAGUAAGAACCAGGUCUAAUGUGAUGCGUAACAUAAGGCUACUGCCAGACUUGCAAGGGCGGCAAUUGGCUUUAAUGCGGGGUUGCUGCUCCAUAGUGCUGAAGAAGCAUGGGGGAGUAUGGUAUAGUAAGUCCCAGUCGAAGAUGUGUCCAGCUGUCGUCCUCGUGGAUCCACCAGCAAAGACCGUCUUUGAAGCGCAAGAGUCGUUCCUUGGAAACCAACAUUCGGCUCAGCCUUUGCAUGGCGGCUUCGAGGAUUUUGAGCAGCCGCCGGCGCUCUCUUCUUCCAGCUCAUAUGAGGCUUCUCUUCCUUGGAACAAAAGCUCUCUGCUUUCAAGCCUACUUCACUAUUAUCGCAAUUACCCACCCGGCUUCACCGGAGCAGACCCUCCUAAGAUCCUCAGCAUGGGUUACUAUCCGAUACGCAUAGCGUUGGCGGAAUGGAUGUUGUAUCUACAUCUGGUCAGCCGAUACCUCAUGUACUACAGAUACUCAUUGCAGACGAUUGAGGGUCGGUCGCACGAGAGAGACCUCGUCGACCUGCAGCGGUGGCCGCGGCGCCUCGACCAGAGUCAGCACAAACUGCACAUCCUGAGCGAAUUCAUCAGCCGUUGGGUCGAAGAGCAAACAGAAAAGAAGCCAUGGGAGACCAUCUUGCGGGAUAUCAGCUAUGCACGGUCGCAAUUACGCCGAUACAGUAUAUCGAUGGAACGAAUAGUCCCUGUGGCUACAUCCAUGGUGCAACUCCUUGACGCGCAGCGGUCGGGGCGCCAUGCCGCCAACGUCACUUUGCUUACAGUUAUCGCACUUAUAUUUAUACCUCUCUCUUGGAUUUCCGGGUUAUUCAGCAUGUCAGAAGGCUAUCUACCGGGGGAAAAGCACUUCUGGGUGUAUAUUGCAACAGCGCUGCCUCUUUCUAUAGUGGUAUUGAUUCUUGCUACCCUGCCAUUUUAUAGACAAAAGCUGAGUUUGGGAGGUUUUCUUAUGACACCCCGAUAA